UUGGUCCCCUGAGGAUGCGGCCACAGCUGAUUGGAUGAAAGUUUCUCCUCGAGUUAUCGCCCCCCCACCCUGCAGAUAUUCGUGGUCCGGUGCUACUGUGAUUCCAGUUGUUUUCACAUCCCCUCACACACAAAGAGUCUCAGAGCUGCUGUCUUUUACAUCUCCGAAUAAAUGUGGUGAGUGAUGCGCAACUAACGACUGACGCUCCUGUACAUCGAGGCGAGAACGAAGAAGUAAAGAGCAGAAAUACAUCUUGCUCUCGAGGAGAGAAAUUAGGGGAGAGUUUGAAAAAGUUCAGACAGACUUGAUUGAACCUAAAGAGCGAAAAUGGUGUCGGCCGGACUGGAGAUCCUGGGACUAUCGCUGUGCGUAAUUGGCUCGCUCCUGGUGAUGGUUUCGUGCGGGCUGCCCAUGUGGAAGGUGACGGCUUUCAUCGAAGCCAACAUCGUGGUGGCUCAGACAAUCUGGGACGGCUUGUGGAUGUCUUGUGUGGUCCAGAGUACGGGACAGAUGCAGUGCAAGGUGCACGACUCCGUCCUCGCCCUCACCCACGAUCUACAGGCGGCCAGAGCGCUCACCAUCAUCUCCUCAGUGAUGGGCGUGCUGGGGCUCAUGGUUGUCAUCGCGGGGGCGCAGUGCACAAACUGCAUCCGCGCUGAGUACGUCAAAGCCCGGGUGGUGAACUCCGGAGGGAUCAUCUACAUCAUCAGUGGUCUGUUUGUGCUGGUGCCUCUCUGCUGGAUGGCCAACAAUAUCAUAUCAGACUUCUACAACCCACAGGUGCCUGCAUCCAAGAAGAGGGAGAUCGGUGCUGCUCUCUACAUCGGCUGGGCGGCCUCAGCGCUGCUACUGAUCGGAGGAGCGCUGCUGUGCUGCUCCUGUCCCUCCAGCGGGAACUCAGGAUACUCGGUAAAAUACUCACCGACCAAGAGAACCACGCAGAACGGGGACUAUGACAAGAGGAAUUAUGUGUAGCAAUGUGGCUCAUAGCAGGCGGUGCGUAAAAGUGACCUGCAGCUUUUGAAAAACUGUUUUGUCUUUUUUUUUUGACGGACGUUAUCUUUGCACCUGCAGUUUUUGUUUGUUUGUUUGUUUGUUUUUAGAAAUCUGAACUUUGAAAAUUUACGGAAGCACCUCUGCUGUUUUUACACUGGCUUUUCAAUACGCUCGGAACGCAAAUUAAUAAAUCCUUUUUGUAUCUACAGGAGAGUUUAAAAAGACUAUCAACUACAAGAGGUAGCUCACGGCAAAAAAGGAGUAUCUUUGUUAGGUACCUGCUUUGAAAAUGAUUAGUAUUUUGAAUUGUUUACUGUUGUAACCGCAAAGUUUUUCUUCUCUAGAGGAAAUCUUUGCAUCGAAUAGAUACACUGCUCUUUUGCCUUGAUGUGCAUUGUCAGCACAAACUUGUACAGUAACUGAGAAUUAUUGCACUCCCACAACCAUUUCCUUUAGUGGAAUACGCCGACAUGUUGAGGACUCUAACAAUGUCCAAACAACAAUAACGAGCGAAGAAGGAGUGUAGACAAAGUCCUAUUAAAUCUUGGACAGGCUUUUGUGUUGUUCAGACGUUGAUAGCGGUGACUUUGAAGAUUGCAGUCCAAUUUUGGACCUGUAGAGUCCGGAGACCGGGAUCCAUAGAUCACAAUAUGAAAUGUUACAGUCCGUUAUUGGGUUGCACUCAGCACCUGCAACGUUUUUUUCAUCAUUGUCACUGCAGGAAGUCUUUUUUAUUUUCAAAGCAUUCUAGGAAUAAACUCUGUUUUCUGUUGGUUUGUUGACGUUUGAUGUAACGAUUCAUUAUUCAUGUAUAUGAAGAUGCAAUAUUGUUUCAUUUUAUUAAGAUUAAACUGAAUAUAUUGUCUGAAAUCCUCA